CGGAAGUGGAGGGACGGUUGCAGGCUUUUAUGAGGGGCGAGCUCAGACACAGAAUUAAACUAUUGAGCAUUUGACAGUUUCCAGCGAUUUACUCCCCCCUUCCCUACUUUAUGGCUUCCAGUUCCAACAUGGACAUCGAGGGCGCGACCCAACACCUUCGGGACAUCUUAAAACUGGAUCGUCCGGGAAAUUCGGCCGAAGCCUCUUUGGUCGAGAGCCACAGAAAACCAUCUUUCAAUGGAGAGCUGAAUGGAGUUCUCGGAGCCGAUCUCAUGGGAGCAGCAAUGGUGGAGCCGACGACGCACAACUCAGACAAACUCAAUGGACAGGACACACAGACCAUCUGUCUUUCAGGAGAUGACGGGUCCAUUUGUGUCCCCAUCAGAGCAAAUAAUGUGGAAAUUGUGUCCAGCCGUGACUCUAGUAUUGACAGUAAGGCUCGGGGAAGCAACAAGGUUAAAAUUCAGCCAGUGGCCAAAUAUGACUGGGAGCACAAGUACUACUAUGGAAAUUUAAUAGCCGUGUCCAACUCAUACUUGGCUUAUGCUAUCAGAGGUGCAAACAAUCAUUCAAUGAUUCGUGUGCUGCGCCUGAGCUCUACAGAGCGCUCGCUGCUGAAGGGCUUCACUGGGGCUGUCACAGACCUUGCCUUCGCUCAUCUGGACUCCACCCUGUUGGGAUGUGUGGAUGAAGCUGGAAACAUGUUCAUUUGGCAGCUCACGAGCCACAGCAGCAAAAUACAAGAUGAAGUGAUUGUUCACAUCCGCAGACCUGAGGACACUCCACUAAACUCUAACCGCAGACUCAUCUGGUGUCCCUUCAUCCCGGAGGACAAUGACGAGAGCCCUGAGGACGCAUGUCAGACAUUAGCAUUGCUUCAUGAAGACAGAGCUGAGGUUUGGGACCUCGACAUCCUCCGAUCCAAUAACAGCUCCUGGCCCGUGGACGCCACUGAAUUGAAAGAGGGUUUCAUCACCAUUAGAGGACAUGCAGCUCGCAUUAGUGAAGGAGCUCUGUCCCCUGAUGGUACUGUUUUGGCCACAGCUAGUCAUGAUGGAUACGUCAAAUUUUGGCAAAUCUACAUUGAGGGACAGGACCAGCCCAGGUCAUCCAAGACAUGCCUGCAUGAAUGGCAGCCGCAUAAUGGACAGCCUCUAUCUUGCCUGCUGUUUUGUGACAACCACAAGAAGCAAGAUCCAGACGUCCCAUUCUGGCGCUUUCUGAUUACUGGAGCUGAUCAGAACCAGGAGCUGAAGAUGUGGUGCACAGUAUCAUGGACCUGCUUGCAAACCAUCAGGUUUUCUCCAGAUCCGUUUAACUGCAGUGUACUACCCAGCCUGAAGGCCAGUUUGGACCUUUCUGCAGAGUUUCUCAUUCUUAGUGAUGUUCAAAGGAAGGUAUUGUAUGUCAUGGAGCUGCUGCAGGAUCAAGAGAAAGGUCGUGCCAGUUUCACUGCAGUCUCAGAGUUUCUGCUCACACACCCUGUGCUCAGCUUCGGUGUUCAGGAUGUUUCUCGUGCCCGCCUGCGCCAUACUGAGGUCCUGCCUGAAGAGGAAAGCGAAAGCAUGACAACAGAAGGAAACCAGGGAGCCUCCGAGUCCAGAUCAGGAAUCCAGAUUAAACUCUACUGUGUGCAUACAAAAUCACUACAGGAUGUGCAGAUCUGGUUUCAGCCCAAUCAGGGGGACUCAUCUUCACUCUUCAUGCCUCAGUCUGGGUCACAGGAUGGUUUCAGUUUUUCUGACCCGCUGGCUGAUCUGAAUGUGGAGGCAAUGAGCUCUGACAAGGAGUCUGGCGACAGUGGUUCACAAAAUGACCUGAGUAAGAUUCUGCCUCUUCCAAGUCCAGCUGACUUCAUGAGUCCAGCCCCAUCAGCCUUGCCCAAACUCAUGACCCCGGAUGCCUUCAUGACACCCAGCGCCUCUAUGCCCGCUUCUCCUGGCAGCAGUGCUAGCAGUCUGACCAUCGUCACGGCCAUGAGCAGCUCAGACAGCGGUGCAAGAGGUGGAGAUGAUCUGACCCAGAGCCCUAAAAUUUCUGUUGAAUGUGGCAACAGCAGUUUUGCCAAUGCAGGCAGUCCAAGAUCCAACUCCAUACUCAUCUCAGGCCUUGGGGAAAACAUCCAGGCUUUCGCUCCCCCACUGGUUCUCUCUUCAUCUCUCCUUCAAGAAGCCUCUCUGCUGUGUGAAGCUGCUCCUUAUUCUCACCGACUACCCCUCCCUUAUUUCCCAUCUCCUCCUCCGCAGGUUUCCCCUCCAAACCCUCCUCUCGCUUUAGAUCUCCAGGCAAUAGAUCCCAUGGUUGUCCCACAGGCGUCUCCGACAAGAGCUCGCUCUCCGGAUGUCAUCUCCUCAGCCUCUACUGCAAUGUCCCAGGACAUACCCGAGAUUGCCUCCGAGACGCUGCAGAGGGGACUGUCCAGUGCCAAUGCUGAUUCGGGCCCCGUCCUGCACUCUGACAGCAUGGCAUCGGCCGCAUCAAUCCUCCACCUGCUGUCUCCAAGGGCCCGGAGCAGCGCUGAGCACAGUUUGUUGCCUCUUGAAUUGGGUGCAGCAUCUGUGGAUGGAGAGCAGAGACUCAGUAACACACCGUCCCUGCUGGAGACUGCUCUCUCACAGGAGAACGCCGGAGCAGCCGGAGGAUCCUGUUCUGACAGCAGUGUGAACCACGCGUGGCCUGCUGCUCCUGAUAUCACACGAGAAACACGCAACAGCCUGAGAGACAACGGUUUAGGAGACUGCUCAAGGGAGGAAAUAAAAGACAGGCACAUUUCUUCCCCCUACCAUAGACGCACAUAUCACCUCACUCAGAACGACAGUCAAGAUGCAAGUGCGGAGCAAAGUGAUCAUGAUGAUGAGGUUGCUAGUCUGGCCUCGUCCUCAGGGAACUGUGGCCCUCGUUCCUCUCACAGACUGCCUGUAAAGGACUGGAAAACAUCGCCCCGGAGCUCCCCUAAGCUCAAACGGAAGAGCAAGAAAGAUGAAGGAGAAUCCUCGCAAUCUAGACAGAUUGAAAGCCAGAUGAGCACAGAGGUACAGGACGAGCUCCUGCAGAUGCUGCGGAGCCAGCAGAGGGAGAUCGCAGAGCUCCGACAGAACCAGCUGGAUCUUUUGCAGAGAGUCACCAGUCACAUGGAUGCAGUGCAGAGCUCCAUCAUGGCUCACAUCGAGCAUGCCAUGUUGGCUCAGCAAGAACAAGAACAGAGAAGAAUGGAGCGAAUUCUGAUCGAGGGUCAAAGUCGAAACCAACAGCUCCAGGACCAGCUGGUUCAGCAGCUAGUCCAGACUCUGAACAACAGUCUCUGCAACCGGCUUGAGAAAAUUUUGCGUGAAGAAAUGAAGAAAACCGUCCCGCAGACCAUAUCGAAGAGUCUCGAACCUGUGACCGGCCAGAUGAACAGCACCAUUGCUGCCAAGUUAACUGCAGUGGAAGGAGUGCUCAAAGAAAAUGUCACCAAAGUUGUUAAGUCCAAGAACACUACAGAUGCCAUUGGUCGAGCUGCUGCAGAGGCCAUGCAGGGUCCUAUUCAGGCAGCCUACAAAGAGACCUUCCAGAGCAUUGUCCUGCCUGUGUUUGAGAGAGGCUGUCAGUCCAUGUUUCAGCAAAUCAAUGACAGCUUCAAACAGGGAACCAACGAAUACAUCCAGCAGUUGGAGACGCACAUCAAAAACAGGAAACAGAGAGACCAGGAUGCACGGGAUCCUGUCAUUGGCCAGUUACAGCAGAUGAUUGACAGUCUUCAGAGUUCACAAGACCAGCUGGCGUCUACAGUGACGGCCAGCGUUAGCUCUGACGUCCAACAUCAGCUCCACAUGAUUGUCGGAAAUCUGCAGGACUCAAUCCUGACACAAGUGCAGCGUAUAGUGAAGGGGGAGGUGAGUUUGGCCAUGAAGGAGCAGCAGGCCGCUGUCACCUCCAGCAUCAUGCAGGCCAUGCGCUCGGCCGCAGGAACACCCGUCCCGUCCGCUCAUCUGGACUACCAGGCCCAGCAGGCCAGCAUAUUACAGCUACUACAGCAGGGCCAGCUCAACGAGGCCUUCCAGCAGGCUUUAUCUGCAGCAGACCUGAAUCUGGUCCUGUACGUGUGCGAGACCAUCGACUCCCAGCAAGUGUUCGGCCAGCAGCCCUGUCCACUCCACCAGGCCGUCCUUCUGUCCCUCAUCCAGCAGCUCUCCACCAACCUGAGCACGCGCACAGAACUCAAGAUCAGCUAUCUCGAAGACGCCGUGAUGAACCUUGACCACGGGGAUCCCGUCACCCGAGACCACAUGUCCGCAGUGCUGACCCAGGUACGACAGAAGCUCUUCCUGUUCCUGCAGCAGGACGCCCACAGCCCUAUGAGCAAGCGCGCACGGCGCCUCAUGAUGAUGCUGCAGGGCCUGGUCAACCACUAGAGCUCUUCACAACCCCUCAGUCUCACUGAUGGAUAUCAUGACCUCAUGCCAUCCUGCUCUCCUCUUUGCUUUAUCUGUGCUCUGCGGCUUAUUUGCUCUCCUAAGAAGUUCUGUUGGGAAUCGUAGUCCAGACUUGAACUACAGAUAUAUUGACAUGUUUGGACUACAUCUCUCCCCAUUCUUCCCUCUUUCCUUUUCAUAGCUUUUGAUUUCAUGUGAAAAAAAUCCUCAGUUUGUAUGCAUCGGCGCACAAAAUGGGACAUGGGCUACUUCAGUUAUUUUCAUUAUGCGUUCAAUGCUGGGAGACCAUGAAGAAUGUUGUUGGCUUUCAUCCUUGAAACAUCACGAACAAGACUGGAAAGCUUGAAAGAACCCAAAAACUUGUGAACGGGAUGGUUUCCUGGCUCUGCUUUAUUCUCUUCUAUUUCUUGUGGUGAAAAGCUGCAGACGCGGAGACCUGACCAUCACCUCAUGAACAUUAGCACUGUUGGUUAUUCAUAAAGGUUGUAUUUAGACCACUAAUCCGUAUUUGACUCCUUUAAUUCGCUGUAAACAUUUUGGCCAACCUGCUGCUUUCUUGUGUUAGUGGAACAUCCUGGAACACCAGGAUUUUUUUUUGUUUCUUUCUUUUUUUGUAAACGUUAUCAGGAUAAGAAAAGGUCAAAGUUUGAUUUCUGCUCCCACAGUUGAACAUCUGGACUAUCGAAAAAAAUCAUCGCUCCUUUUUUCUUCAAUUAAGAAAGCCCUGUAAAAUAUGUAAGAAAGCUUAUUAUAUUACCCGGGAAUGCUAACAAUAUAGUUAUUUAGAAUUUCUUCAAAAGGAGUUUGGUAACUUGCAGUACACCUGUAAGUCCCUAGAGGGCAGGCAUUUGUGUAUCUUCUUUCUAAUUUUAUAUGCAGCUUCUGUGAUUUUUCAGUUCUUCUGCGAAAUUACACUACAGUGAAUGCAGCUAGGCUUCUUGUUAAAAAUGGUUUCUUCUCUAUGGUAACCCUGAAAUAGUUUGGAAAGUGUUGGAGAAAGUGGCUGGAAUGUCUUUUUUCUGCUUCGUUCUGCUCAGCUGAUUGUAUUUGAUUUAGACUGAGAUUGCCAACACUUGUUAUUCAUUAAAGAGGGACUAUUUGGUCAUGCCCUCUGAUAGAGGAAGAACAAAAAAAGUGCCUUAUCAGACUAUAUAUUGCGUAUCAGAUACUGGUAAUCGUGUCCUCAGACACUGCAGUCAUCUACGAAAAUGUUCUUUUUCGCUAAAACACAGAAUUGAAGUAAGGAAGGGACAGGUUUGUUACUGAAACAUUUUCUUUAAAAGUGCUGUAACUGUGAUCGGAGUUGGUUUUUUUAGCCAUUUAUAAGUUAAUGGGACGAGGAAGUGCCGGCCCCUGUGAUUGUGUUUGUGUUAACACAUUAUUCGUUCCCUUGCCAUCUUUAUUUUUAGAGCUGUGCAUAUUCUAUCCAUUGCCGUUUGCAGCAGUCAAUGUGGCUCAUUAGGACAUUUAUACAGGGUGUGGGCAAUGUGUCCUCUUUUGCUUUAUUCUUGUAUGUUUAAAAAUGCUCUGUAACAGACAUGAGCCUGCUGUGCAGUUGAGGGUAAAUUUGAGGCGCUAAUUAGGAUAUAUUAAACUCAGCAUGCUUGCAUGCUACUGGUGAGAGCCGUGUAUUCAAACAUAGAGGUAACCUGUUUUUACCAAUUCAACACCCCAUUUUUCUUUAAGCUCUGUAAACUUGGGUUAAUCCUGUUUUCAUUUUUGUUUCUUAAAUAGUAUAGUGUCCAGCCGAAAUGACCCGUGGUCGGAUAGAUUGUCUGAUUCAUUUUUAUGUUUUCAGGUUGAAAUGUUAAAGAAAAAAAGUGUCUUGUCAGUUUUAAGGUUUCAUUGCAGUGCAAGAUAAAUUGGUUUCGAUGCUGUUUUAGACACGUCUGAUGAUGUUGGGGUUACUAUACUUAUACGCAAUGCCUUCAGUGUUUGAGGCUUAAAUACAAACCUUUUCCCCCCUCCUCUUUAAGAGAUUUACAUUGCAGGUUGUGUAUGACCGUUUAAUUGUUUGUGUUUUUUUCAUUUGUGUUUUGAUUUUUGUCCCUUGUGUUUGCAAUUCUGUUGUACAUUUUACACCCGUUUCUUUCAUCCUAGACAUUUUGGAAUAAAAAAGGAAAACAUUGUUCAAUGUUCAGUUAA